GCAAAUUAUUACUUUAGAUGGCUUCGAAUUCAUCUAAAAAAAACAAAUCGUCUGGUUUACGCAUAUUGUGGAUACCAGGACGAAAAAGCAAUUCGAAAGGUCGAUUGAGUUCUACAAACAAACAGAUCUCGUAUUCGCCCACCCAAAAGAAAAGCGAGGUGUGGAGCUUGGGCGGCAGCAAGGCCCAAACUGAACUAAUUGACUUGCCCUCGCCAGAAAUAAGCGGUGCCUCGACUUCAUCAUCAUUGGCACUGCUAGGUGGCAUGUCAUCGACGCUUGUGAAGAGUGUAAAAGGCGAUUCGCUGAAUCGUAGUAAUAUAACAACGCCAGAUGACGCAAUAGCUGUAUCAGAAUGUGCCACAUUGCCAACAACUCCAAUCGCUGCAAUAACUCCUAAUUUAAAUAGUCCACUGUCGGAGCUGGCUCCGUCGACAGCCUCAACUGCGGCAAUGCCAUCCCCGAUUGUUGUCACAACAGUUGAAAUUCUUGAUUUACAUAGUAUUUUAAAUCCUGAUGAUUUGCCGAAGGUCCCAUCACUCGGCGAAACUGAUAUAUCAACUGCCGUUGGUUUAAAUAGUUCGGCAGGGACGACAGCUUCGAUAGCAACCAACUCAUCUCCCUUAGCCAAUUGCAAAGCCCACAACCAGACAGCUGUCAGGAACAGCUCACCCCAAAGGAGCAGAUACAGAAACCAUAACAAUAACCAGGAUGAUAUAAAUUCAAUUGAGAGUAUUUCUAGUUUUAAUAGAAAUCAAAUAUCUUCAAAUUUUGAAUGGAUUGAUGAAAUGGUGCACCAACGCAACUGCUCCGAACUGACGCAUAAAAACAAACGUAAAAAAUCUAAAAGAUCAGUCAUUAGCCAGGAAAUGGAUCAGUUAGAUGGCCGCGCAGUUAAGGAGAAACAUGAUACGAAAUCAAUGGCACCUUACGAUGAUAAUGAUGAAAAGGUAGUUAAAUGUCUCUACUAUUCGCUCAUGUGCUGCGACUGUACAAUAUCAUAGAUUUAGAAAUAAA